CUUCAUCACCUCCAACACCACCACCACUUUCAAGUUUCAACACCCUGCAAUUAAUCAAACUAAUCUGUUCUUACAUUCCGCUUGAAUUUCAAAUUCAAAGUAAAGCAUCAAUGGAAUCAAUGAAGAUGAAGCUCUUCGCCGCCGUUGUUGUUAUGUUGAUGGCCGUAUCUGCCGUCAGUAAUGUCGCAGCUCAGGAAGCUCCCGCCCCGGCGCCGGGUCCGUCUUCUGCCGCCAGCGUUUACGUUCCGGCCGCCCUUAUUUCCCUUAUUUCUCUUUCCUUUGGGCUUUUAUUCUAAAUCGAUUUGAUUUGGAGAAAUUAUUUUUGUUUUGUAUUGAGAUGAUUUGUUCUGCUUAUAUCCGCAUUUGUUCUUGAAAUUUUUGUAUGUGAAUUCAUUCUUUUGUUGAAUGUAUGUAGUUUCAUAAAAUUCGUUUGUGAUGAUGAUGGUUUUCAGAUCCUUAGUUCUCGUUUUUCGAUCCAAAUUUUCAUUUGUUCAAAUUGAUUAUUGAUUGAUUAAUGGAUAUAUAAUAUGUAAUUGCUUCCCGAU